AAACUACAUGGAAAGUAGAGCUGGAGAGGAAACCCUGCAGGGAGAAGUUAUCCGUCAGCCAACCUGAGAGGACAAAGUCAUUUCUCUGACUCUUAGAAAGAUGGGCGUUAUUAACGAUGUUAAGGACACGCUGUCCAAGGCGGUGUUUAAUCCGUCCAGCUUGAUGUCUGGGCGAGGCGGGCUCCACAUGGCUCAGAUCGUUCUGUGUCUGAUCACCUUCGUACUGGGAAUGUUCAGAGGAGGGAGCAGCCAUACCUACUGGAUCUACGCCAUGUUCACCUGGGCCUUCUGCCCCAUCAUGACCCUCAUCAUCACCAUCAUCGAGAUGUUCGGGCUCGAUAUAAUCCUCAACAUGUUCUGCAUGGACUGGGGGGACUUCACCACAGGGAUGGCCAUGUCCUCCUCUCUCAUGACCGUCUCCGUCGCCAUAACUUACGCCAACUUCUACGCCUGCCUGAAAUGCCUCUACGGCUCGAUAGUGAGCGUGUUCGCCUUCCUGUGUGGCUUCCUCUACAUGCUGGAAGUGGUGAAGGACAAGUUCCUGGACAAGAAGAAAGGGAGCUACCUGGCAGCUCUUCCCGGGUUCUGGAAGGUUCUGGAGGCCUUCGUGAGCUGCAUGAUUUUUGUGUCUCUCACCGGUUACAGAGACAAGCCAGCGCUGAUCUUUUGUGUCAUCGUGUACAUCAUCCCUUUCCCCAUCCUGCCUCUCAUCAUCGCCACCAACAUCUUAAAAAAGCUGAAGAACUGUUUGCCCUUUAACCUGGACAGGUUUGUCUUUAUUUUCCUGGUGAUCUCAGUUGUGCUGUAUAUAUUCGCAGCUAUCAUGUGGCCCAUUUUCAUGUUCAGACACAAUCCACGUCCCAGCGACUGUCCCCCCAGCUUUUGCAUUUGGGCCAUUCAGUUCAUGGUUGCAUUUUUUACUUAUGUGAAUCUCAUCCUUUUUACAGUGGACCUGAUUUUUACACUUCUCGGCAUCUGUGGCUUUAAGCGAACAUAAAUAUUAAGAUUUUUUUAUAGUGUGUCAAGAAAUUUGACCUGAAUAUACAGAAAAGCUCCACUGUUCUUUUUAAUAAUAUUUCCAAAGAUGCUGUGUUGUAAUUCCAGUAUAAAGUGAGGUAAGGUGAGUGCUGCAUGUCUCUGUCCUUUAAUGGGAACAUCUGACUUAUCAUGUCCACACUGUAAAACAUUUUGAGCUGAAU